AUGGGCGACCAGCGACAUCAGCAAAAUGCUGGACGAAGAGAAGUAGGCGUUGCUGCACUUCCAAUGCCAUCAGACGGCAGAAAUCCACGGCCGAUCAUCAGUCGAGCCUACAGCCGCAAGGAGGACGAACCGACGGCUGAAUCUGAUGUUCCUCCUGUGCCGGCCCUCGUUCGCGGAGCCUCAACAGAGUCGAGUUGUAAUGAGUUCUCAGAUGCCAGCGAUGACCGCCGCAGGACUGUGCGCAAAUCGACAAACGGCGAAGACGCCAAGCAGCGACCACUCAGUACCGCGUCGCGAAAAUACGUGCCCAAGUCUGCGGCAAAGGGUUUCUUACAGUCAACCAAUGGUGCCUCAGACGAAGCUCGCGAAAGCUUCAGACAGUCUUUCCAUUUAGAGGAUCAGGCCGACAUGGUUUGCUUGACUGAUGAGCAAAGAUUGGAAUGGGCCAAAUUGAUGGAGCGGGAAACCAAGCUUGAGGAUCCAUUUGAGUCGACGGAAGAUGACAAGAACCACAAAUUCUCCAACUCUCAGGCUUUGGCUGCGCUUGAAUUUGGUAUACGGUAG